AUGCCGGCGGGCGCGGGGAGCGUGCGCGGCCACGUGACGGCCGCUAUAAGAGCGCUCCGGGCGGACGCUCGGCUCCCGCCGCGCCUCCUCGCCGGCCGCGCUCGCUCCCCGCGCGCGGCGUCUCCGAGUCACGAACUUGCGGCUGCGGCUGCGGCGGCCGCCCGCGCCCCCGGCUGCACCAUGACAGAUCAGGCCUUUGUGACACUGACCACAAACGAUUCCUACGCCAAAGGAGCCCUGGUCCUGGGCUUGUCUCUGAAACAGCACGGGACCUCCAGGAGGCUGGUCGUGCUCGUCACCCCGCAGGUCUCGGACCCCAUGAGGAAAGCUUUAGAGACCGUCUUUGAUGAAGCCGUCUUGGUGGAUGUCCUGGACAGCGGCGAUUCCGCACACCUCACCCUGAUGAAGAGACCUGAGCUGGGUGUCACGCUGACGAAACUCCACUGCUGGACACUCGCACAGUACUCGAAGUGUGCGUUCAUGGAUGCAGAUACUCUGGUCCUAGCCAAUAUUGACGAUCUUUUUGAGAGAGAAGAAUUGUCGGCGGCACCAGACCCAGGGUGGCCUGACUGCUUCAAUUCUGGAGUCUUUGUUUAUCGGCCUUCAGUCGAAACAUACAAUCAGCUGUUGCGUCUUGCUUCCGAGCAAGGUAGUUUUGAUGGUGGGGACCAGGGUUUACUGAACACGUUUUUCAGCAGCUGGGCAACAGCAGAUAUCAGAAAACACCUGCCAUUCAUUUAUAACCUCAGCAGCAUUUCCAUAUACUCCUACCUCCCAGCGUUUAAAGCGUUUGGUGCAAAAGCCAAAGUUGUGCAUUUCCUAGGAGGAACCAAACCAUGGAAUUACACUUACGAUCCUCAAACAAAAAGUAUUCAGAGCGAGUCCCAUGAUCCCAAUAUGACUCACCCAGAGUUUCUCAGCCUGUGGUGGGACAUCUUCACUACCAGCGUGUUACCUGUGCUUCAGCAGUUUGGCCUUGUCAAAGACACCCACUCCUGUGUACAUGUGCUUUCAGACUUGGUCUGUACACUGGCUUUCUCUUGUGGCUUCUGUAGAAAGGAAAAUGUCUCAGGAGCCGUAUCACAGCUGUCCCUUGGGGAGAUCCCAGCUCCGGCACAGCCUUUUGUAUCCUCAGAAGAACGGAAGGAGCGGUGGGAACAGGGCCAGGCCGACUACAUGGGAGCAGAUUCCUUUGACAACAUCAAGAGGAAACUUGACACUUACCUCCAGUAG